CUGAUAAUUGACACGUUUCAGACUCGUAGGUAAUAAACUUCUAGGCAAUUGUAUUUAAUAUAAGUUUUAAAUGUCCGGAUGCAGCUUCCAAAACUGAAUAUGAACAGCGUGUCGUGCAACAAAGAAAUGAAGGCAGAGCGUCAAAGCAAAGCGAUACAAAAUCUCUUCGAUCAAUAUCAGCAAGGAAGAGGAAAGAAACCGACUCUGUCAUCAGUCUUAUUUCAACCUUCUACUUCCAGAAACAAGUCUCGUCCAAACAGCGGUACAGUCAACAUCGGGAAGCAAGCUUCCAAGUUUUACUUUAUAACUGGAAUCAUUCUGAUGAUGUUGAACCUGCCUCAAACAACACCUAAAGAAAUUCAUCAAUUCAUGUGUAAAUACAUGCAGUAUAGGGAACGAUGCGAAAAAAGCUUAAACGAAACGUUAAAAAACUUUGAAAACCAAACGUUUUGUCCUGGUAUUUUUGAUGGUUAUAUAUGUUGGCCUCAUACUCCAGCUGGACAGUUAUUAACUGAACCUUGUCCUUCCUAUAUUGAAUGGAAAAAUGAAUCGCUUGUUGCGUAUCGAUUUUGUGAAUUCGAUGGUUCUUGGAUGGUUCGAAAUGACACAGGACAAAGUGUUCAGUGGGUGAACAGAAUACAAUGUGAUGUGGCAACAAAUGGACUUCAAUACGAGCUUGGACCACUUGAGGGGGGACCACAGAACAAAGAUAUUAUCGACAUUGUAACAAAGAUAUACACGGCGGGAUACAUCUUUUCCCUUGUGUGCAUGGUCAUUGCAUUAUUCAUCCUGAUGUUUUUCAAAAAGCUUCAUUGCACCAGAAACUAUAUCCACAUGAACCUAAUGUUAUCAUUCAUCGUUCGCUACGUGGCAGUCAUGGUUAAAGACAAAGUAAUAGAAGAUCAUUACGCCGUUGGUCGCCCCAAUCUUACCCAAAUGGAAAUGUCGCAAUAUUGUGACGAUGUGGCUGGAACUGAUGGACUAAUGGUCAGCUGUCGACUAGUAAUAACUUUAAUGCAUUAUGCCACCAUUGCCAAUUACUUUUGGUUGCUGGCCGAAGGUGUAUAUCUUCAGUUACUGCUAGUGUUUGUGAUGACGGAGUACAAAUACUUUCCAAUAUUUAUGGCAUUUGGAUGGGGAGCUACAUGGAUACCGAUUGGUAUAUGGAUUGCUUUUCGGAUAACGUUUGAAAAUGUUGGUUGCUGGGAAGUAAACAAUAUGAUACCUAUUUGGUGGAUACUACGAGCCCCAAUUCUCAUAUCAAUUGCUAUCAAUUUUAUAAUUUUCAUCAACAUUAUACGAAUGAUCGUAUCCAAGCUGAGCGCAAACAACAUGACGAGAUCGGAUUACAAAUAUCGGCUUGCUCGUUCCACACUUGCCCUUAUUCCUUUACUUGGCAUUCAUUACAUUGUAUUUAUGGGCGUCAGUGACUCGGUAACAGAUAACAGUGCCUUCAUUAAUACAAAGUUCGCAUUCGAGAUCAUACUGACGUCGUUGCAGGGGAGUAUUAUCGCCAUCUUAUAUUGUUUUCUUAACGGAGAAGUUCAAACCGAGAUUCGAAAAUGUUGGCGAAACUGGCGUUGGAGUCACAGAUUACCAGCAGCGUCGGGAAAGUUCUCUACAUAUCGUAGCGACGUCCAGAUGACGUCAAUUACUUACGCACAUUCCAUGGACAAAGGUGACGCACAUGAAACGUCACUGUUAUCGCCCAACAAUAAACAUGACCAUGUUGAUAAUAAGCGCAGCUCUACCGCUAGCUGUGUCAGUGAUCAGCAAACGAAGAUAGGCGAUUCUUCAAGGUUGAUGUGUAACGGGAACGGUUCACCGAGUAAACAACUAGUUGUGUAAAGUGUAUCUUUAUUCACCUUUAUAUUCAAGUUUUCAGUUGAUAAAAAUAUCAACUUAUGUUCUGUUUCACAACAAAGUUGUUAAUUGUUGCAAUUCCCGAAUAACGAACGGGACUAUAUCCCACAAGUUCCAACAACUUACAUUCUCUUUUUAUUACUUUUUUUGUUUACGAAUUCACACCAGCCAUGCGUACGUUUUUACUAGUAUAUAAAAUAAUGUCGAAUUGUACAUGCCACUUUAAGAUAUUUUAUUAUUAAAAGUGUUAAGUUGAAAUUUAAGAUACAAGAGGGUGGGUGAAAGCGUGACACCUUUAGCACAUAACAUUCAAACAUCCUGAUCGUGUUUUAAACAAUCAACAACGGUCUAUGAAAGACGUGAGAAUACGGUUUUAUUAUUAUUCUUUGAAGGUUCUUUGUUUGCUACCGAACGGAACAAAAAUAUUCUAUCUUGCCUCACCCUAUAUUGUAUAGUAGGGUGGAGGAAGAUGAUACAUCUUUUCAUUAAUUUUCUUGUCCCAUUUGGUAUAGUAAACAAAAUGAAUUCAAAGAAAUAUAAAACCGUAUUCUUUACGACUCCAAUAGACCGUUGUUAAUUGUUUUAAACACGAUCAAUAUAUUUGGACAUUAUUUGCUAAAGGUGUCCCAUAUUACCUCACCCUACUAUAUAACAACUCAUAGACAUUUUGACAUCGUUGUAAAAACAUUCUUGCCCAAAUACACGGGAUAUUUAAAUAACCAUGAGCUCUUUGUACAUUGUAUAUAAUACUGUUUUGCCGUUUUGCAUGUUGUUAAUUUAAGAUAUGACAAAUUAUUUUUGUUGUUGUGUUCAUUGGACUUACAUGCGCUUGCAUGUUGAGCAGAGUUCGUUAUCGAAAACCGCUUAUACAGUCCGCCCCGUAUCUGUACACGUAUUAUAUUUAUCUCUGCACCCUCAACAAUGCAUAGAUGAUGCAUUUCAGAUUUGAUCAUUUCACCUAGUGUCUGAUAUUGAAAAUAUAACUUCAAAGUUAA